AGUGUGGCCCCAGAAGUGCCACCUGUCAAUGUCCAUCAGUGCCAGCAGUCAGUGCUCAUCAGUGCCACGUGCCAGUGCCACAUCAAUGCCACAUAUCAGUGCAUACCAUCAGUGCCACCUAUCAAUGCCAAUCAGUGCCACCUAUCAGUGCUGCCAAUCAGUGCCACCUAUCAGUGCCAGUCAGGGUCGCCUAUCAGUGCGCAUCAGUGCCACCUAUCAGUGCCAGUCAGUGCCGCCUAACAGUGCCAGUCAGUGCUGCCUAACAGUGCCAGUCAGU